AUGAAGCGUCCUUUUGUUUUGCUGACUUGCUCCUUCCUGACCUGGUGGUGGUACCAGCUUGUGACGGGUGACUUUGCCGCCUCUGAUGGACACACAGAUGUCCAGCCUGGUGAAGACGUCCACCACAACACCCUCAGAGAAACUCGCACAGAUUUGUUGGGCGUGAAAGGACGAGCAAGCAGAGAUGUAUUAGACACAAACAUCGGAGCAAACUGGGACCUACCGGACAUCAACAAGAACAACUACGAGGACGCUGACUGGCACCCUCCAUCCACCCUCCUGGAAACACGUUACAACCUUCAUCCUGAUUCUUCACCGGUGAUGCACAGAACAAACACUGGAGUCAGAGAAAGCAACAACCGGAGUUCAGCAGAGCACUGCGGCGAGUACAGCAGCCAGAUGACCUCCAACGGACAGUGCCGGCUGACGGCCACGCUGCCCGCGGUACCUGUGGGAACAUCCCAGAAACGCUGCCCUGAUAUGUUUCGCUGUACAGACGACAUCUCCUAUUGGCUGCAUGAGAACCAGAACAGGAAGGAGCAGCUGGAUGAGCUGAGGGAGACCAUGUCAACGCUGCAGGAGGAGCUGAGGAACCACGGGCAUCGAGUCAGGGCUCUGGAGACGCAGGUACACCAACGGCGAGAUCAGUGAAGUGUUUUAGGAGUUUGCAGCUGAACCUCCUUUUAUCUCCUGUGAGGAGUGUCUAACAUUAAACCAACAGACACUUUACUGGUGUUAAGAGUGCGCUUCAAUGGUCAGGUAACGACGAGUGCGCCCUCUGCUGGAUCAAACAGCGAGCUACAGUCUGAUGUAUUUUUUGGAUUUGUACAACUCACUUCAGUUUUCCCUUCAAGCUUGAACAGAUACUAAUAUUUCUGUUAAAAAAUGAGCUGAAACCAAAGAAAAGGCUUCAAACACGAGAGAACAAACAGAUGUUUUUAUUUGGUCAUUAACUCUCUCAUCUGUUCUCGUUCGCUCACUUCACUUCAUACCUAAUCGGCUUUAUCCAGCAGCUGUUUACUCCACCAAAGCUGUCGUGUGAUUAGAACAAGAAGAAAAGGGGGGAAAAAGGUGUGACAAUAUCAACACAGCCCGUCUUUAUCUCACUCUUUCUCCUUAUCUCUCUGUCUUGACACCCACUAAGUCCUCCUUAACCCUGAAUGCUAACAGGAUUAGCUGCAAACCUUUUGGAUGGAGUCCCGGAUCCUUCCGAGGCUUCCUGACCCAGAGAGCAUGUUUCUGGGCUGCAGUGUCCCCGGGCCGCCCUUCCUCACAAUCCAAUUAAAUGGAUCGCUGCUGAGCUUGUGACGCUGUGAAACGGUUUGAACCGAAGGAAGUUUGACGUAGAGAAGUUUGACGUAAAGAAGUUUGGUUUUCUCUAGAAACAAAUGUUCAGUUUUGCAGUUUCUUUGAGACUCUCUGAGAUUUUAGACGUCUUUGUUCCUUUUUGCUGCUUUACUUACUCAGACUUAGUUCCUCCCGUUCCUAUUGGAACAUUGGGCGACGAGUCCCCUUCAUUUGCUCCGGUCCCUAGCGACCCUUCUUGCUCCAUGCCAGCUGACUCCCAUCUCGCUCAGGUCUUCCUUGGCUGUUUGUCGCCAUGUCUUCUUUGGCCUCCCUCUAUUGCCACACUUGCCGGUCUCUCUCUAUUGGCGGUCGGAGUCCAUGUCCGGUCAUUCUCUUUCUCCUGUCACAGACGGUGUCAGACAAGGGUGCCUGCCCUUCUCAUCACCUCUCCAUGGUGAUGUGGUCUCUACAUGACACCUUUAGGAUGGAUCGGAGGCAUCGUCGAUGGGAGAGAUCCAACAGAAAGAUCUGUCUGACCCCUGAUCGAGUUGAAUAAUCAUGAACCACACAGGCUAACAUCCAUUUUUCUGCUUCUCAGGGUGAUGGAGGAUUGAAUCUGAACUUGACCUUUGACCAGCGUCUGCACUCCCUGGAGUUUCAUCAGACCAAGAUGGACACGCUGCUCCACAUUCAUGAGACGCUGCUGCAGGAGUUAGAGACGCAGCUCCGAAACCUUUCAGCCACGGUGCAGCGCGUGAACCUGAACACGGGCUGCAGGAUUAACGUCAUCAGAGCAACUUCUCUGCUCAGCAUGAGGGACACGCCGCCAGGUAGAUGCACACACACAGAGCAGACACCUUCAGAGCAAAUCCAGGUGUACUAAAACCUGCGGUCUCUCUGUCUCACCCCUCAGAUGGACGCCACCUGUCUCUCUGUCCGUCAGACUGUGCGACUCUGUAUCACAACGGUGUUCGUCGAUCUGGCGUUUACAGCAUUAUCGUGUCCCCAGGUUCAUCCCAGCCGGUGUACUGUGACAUGGAGACAGACGGUGAGACAUCCACGAUAUAGACACCUGUAAGCUACAUGCAUAGAAAUAUGUGUAAUAGAGUGACAUAUGAGGGCAGCAUGCUCAUGAAGACUCCUUCUAACAGGUGGGGGUUGGACGGUGUUCCAGCGACGGCGCGAUGGCUCGGUGAAUUUUAAUCGAGGCUGGUCGGAGUAUCGCGAAGGCUUCGGAGAGCCGCGAGGAGAACACUGGGUGGGGAACCAACAGCUCCACCUGCUGUCCAAUCAGGGCCACUACAGCCUUCGCAUCAAACUGCAAGACUGGAGCAACGCCCACAGACACGCCCACUACCACACCUUCAGGUAGAAAAGGAGACUUUGUGGAAAACAGGAAAACAGGUUUAGAUCUUUAGGAACAGAACAUGUUUAUAAUUGGUGAUAGCUUGCAGUCAGGUUCCACAGUAAAUGCUCCCUCACUCACUCCUUCCCUCAGCAAAGCAAUGGUGGCCUUCCAGGACAAGAAACUCCUGUGAUGACUCUUGAGUACAAUCCUUCAUUUGUUAGGUUUUUACUGUCAACAAUGUCUAGCAGAACAAAUUCUUUUGUGCCCAACAACCGCUCUCCCUACUGGUGCGUUUAGUGUGUCCUCUCACAAACUACAAAAAUUGUCCCUUCUGUGCUGCUGUAGAAACAUGGCGCUGCUUGCUAGACUCUGUGGAAGGGGAUCCAUCUGCGAUUUUAUAUACAGUUGAUUUUAUUUUAACCAUACUUCAUAAUAUUAUUCAUAAUAUUUCACUCCUACCGAGUCUGUACCUCCACAUGCUGCUCAUUCUUACACAUCGCACAUUUAACUGCAAGUUUGUUUUUUUUUUUUGUUUCCUUUCCUUUUGGAGCUUUUCAAGUCUUUAUUGUGCUUUUUUGACAGUCGGUGGACUAGUAAACUAGAGGAGAGAGUCAGGGAAAACAUGCUGUUCAAGGCCACAAGUUUGAAUUGAUAUUUACACUGCAAAAAAAAAAGAAUUUUGACCAAAAUUUGUCUCAUUUCUAGACAAAAUAUCUCAUCACACAUUAUCUAAGCUUCACUGACCCGACAGAUCCAAGUUUAAAUGUUUUUUAAAGCUUUAAUUUUCCUGAAACUGUCUCAGAAAAUCUUUAGAUUUUUUUGCUGUUUGCAAACAUGUUUUUGUAGUAGUUUGGUUUUGGUUUCGUUUCUCCUCCUCUUUGUUCUGCAGGAUAGAGGAUGAGGAGAACCACUACCGCCUCCACGUGUCCGGUUUCAGCGGCACCGUGAAAGACUCGUUUGCUUGGUACCACAAUCAGCAGAGCUUCAGCACGCCAGACACGGGAAACAUCUGCGCUGAAAUCAGCCACGCCGGCUGGUGGUUCCAUCAGUGUUUCUACGCCAACCUCAACGGCGUCUACUACAAGGUACGUCUACCUCAAUCAUCUGUGUUUAACUUAACAGAGUCGGAUUCUUUGUGAGGAGACAGAAAAAGAUGUUUUUUAAGAUAAAGGUGAAGGGCUCCAAUAAGAGGGUGAAGAGAAAAGAAGUGAGAGGAAACAGAAAUGUUCAGAGAGGAACCGAGAAAGCGGAGAUAUGUUGUGUUUAUGUGUUUCUCCUUCAGGGGGGUCGUUACUCUCUCAAAGCUCAGAAUUUACUCGGACCGGACGGCAUCGUCUGGUUCUCCUGGAGAGAAUCGGACUUCUAUUCCUUGAAGGGGGUCACCAUGAUGAUUCGACCGAGCAACUUCAGACCGAGCUUUUCACCGUAA